GCGAGGCUACAUUCAAGAUGGAGUCUGUCAAGAAGUUUUUCGGCGAUGCGCACUUGCAGGUUGUUGCUUUCAGCAGCACAGCAAUCGCGUUGUAUGGAUAUGAUCAAGGUAAAGUAAAUCCCCCAUUCCUCGAAUCGAUCCAAGAACUCUGAUUCCACGGUCCGCGGCGCGCGUGCCCAGCACCCAAUCACUGACUUUCUGAACCCAGGAAUGAUGUCGUUGAUCAAUGUGAACAAGAACUACCUGGAAACUAUGGGUAUUGCCAAAGAAGACCCUCAGGUCGGAGUGAUCGUCGCGGUCUAUUAUAUCGGCUGCUCUAUCGGCGCUGUGUUAUUCAGUUGGUUAGCAGACCGCUUAGGCAGACGAGCUGGCUUGUUCGGAUGCCUCGCAACUUGCGCUUUGGGAAAUCUGAUCUGUUUCAUUGCUGGCCUGGGUUUCUCCCGAGGAGCUCUGCCGGUCAUGUACGUGGGCAGAGUAAUUAUGGGUCUUGGCGUCGGCGGUGUGGAUUCCGUGGUUCCAACGUAUAGUUCCGAGCUCUCCGAUGAUGAUGCACGUGGCAAGGCCAUGGCCCAGGAGUUUCAAGCGAACAUUUUUGGGUUGAAUCUUGCCUUCGCAAUCAACCUCGUGGCUGCUCGUGCACUCGGCAAGUCGAAUCAAUGGGCUUGGAGAAUUCCAAUCAUCGCUAUGCAGAUUUUCCCGCUCAGUUUGUUAGCAUUUGUCGGAGAACUGCCCGAAAGCCCUCGCUGGCUUGCAGGCAAGGGAAACCAAGAAGAAGCUACAAAGGCUCUCAAGAGGUUCCAUGAUGAGGAAACGGCCAAGAAGCGAAGCGAGGAGCUUGUCAAGGCUGCAGAGGAUGAUGAAGGUAACUCUGUCAGCUACAAGGAUAUGCUUACGCCGGGUCACAUCCAGUUCCAUCCAACAAUGCUUACAGUCAUGGGACAAAUCAACCAGGCUCUCACGGGAUAUGGAUGUCUCUCGGUUUACGGCCCUCAGAUCUUUGAGCUUCUGGGCUACGGCACAAGCAAAGCGGAGUAUCUCACUCAGGGCAAUUACGUCUCUUACUUCCUUUUGAUGACUUUCGCUUGGGUGUUGGUUGAUGCCGUGGGCCGCCGCACCAUCCUGCUCUAUGGUUCUGGGGUUCUGAUUUUGUCAUUCCUACUUCUGACUGUCUUCGCUGGACUCGCUAUGAAUGCUGAUGAUCUUGGUAUCCAUCAAAACGCAGUCGCCAUCCCGGGAAUCGUCGUCUUGUUCAUCGCCACUGGCGCAUUCGGCAUUGGUUGGCUGGUGCCCCCCUGGUUGAUUCCCACGGAGAUCUACCCUACAACCGCGCGUGCCAAGGGGACCGCGAUUUCCGUCAUCACUUGGGGCUUCGCCAAUUUUGUGGUGACGUUAAUGUCACCCAUUCUUUUCAAUAACUUGAAGUUUUAUAUCUUCCUCGUGUUCGCUGGCACAAACACCAUCGCCGGCGUCUGGACUUACCUCUACUGCCCUGAGACUGGCGGAAGAAGCUUUGAGGAGAACCAAGAGUACUUUGAGGAUGCUAAGGACGAGAAGAGCUGGCGUGUGCACAAGGUCGGCAAGGGCAAAUUCAGAUGGUUGCCGUACCCCAAGCCAGGUGGCGAAGAAGGAGAAACGCAACCUUUGCUGCAACGUAUUGCGGACCAGGUUUCAUGAGCAAAGCUGUGGGCAAGAAAAUGUGUUACUGUCGAAGAUCUAGAGCCGAACGAUAACAACAUACUCCGAAGCACAAGCCUUGAUUGCAUGACAAAAUCGAGAGGCUUUCAAUGGCAGAAAUAUGCCGAUCUUGCUUUGACCCAUAUGGAUUAUAAUAAUUUAGAAGCGACGGAGAAUUUCCUAUUCUAACGUCAAUAGAAUUUAUUCCUCGCAAGUAUUGAAAAUGUAGCAAAAUUGAGCAAGAAGCCGGAGAUGGAAGCAGUCCUGUGAAUGAUACAACUCGAUGAUGGAUCGUUGUCCUGACGCAUCAGCUUGAUCGAACAACAGCUCAGUGACGAUAUCUCGUG